AUGUCAAAUUCUGCACUUAACCCAUCUCAAUUGGAAAUGGAAACAAUACUCAAAGAUUUCGCAGGCAAUAACGACCUCCACAAGGACACAAGAAUCCAAGUCGAUAACGACCUCCACAAGGACUAUCACGGCUUUGACCUUGGCACCGACCUAUUCAGCAACCAUCUUAAGGUCAUCCAUCCACUGGCUAAAGAUUAUGCUCAACUUAUGUCAACUAUUGAUUCGUCUGCUUCACUUAAUAAUUGUUUGAAAGGAAUUGAUUCUCGUUUCUCUUCUUUAUAUACUGUUAUUGAUAAAUAUGAAGCACAUAGUAGUGAUGUGAACAUUCUUGAGGAGUUUAAAAAGUUUAAGGCCUUGGACGGACCGUUUUCGGGUGAAUUCUUCGAGUUGUUACAACAUGAUUCUAUGAAACAAGUUACAAUGUUUGAGAAGCUGCAAGCCCAGAAAGUGGAACUUGAUAAGAAGUUGAAAUCGAUGAAGACGGGGAGGAUAUUGAGUAAUGUGUUUUUUUGGGGGACUUGUAGCACUGUUGUGAUUGGUUCUGUUGUGGCUGCGGUGGUGGCUGCCUCUCCGCUUGUCACAGCAUCAGCUGCUGCGUCUGCUGUGCCGUUGGGGUCGAUGGGGCAGUGGGUUAAUUCAUUGUGGAAGGAGUAUGAGCAGAAGUUUAGAGAUCAGAGGGAGAUGACAAGUGAAAUGCAGGUUGGGAAUUAUAUUGUGAUGAAAGAUUUGGAUAACAUCAAGGCGCUUGUUGACAAACUGGAAGCAAAUACGGAAGGUAUGCUGGGAAAUGUUGAUUUUGAGGUAACUACCAAGGAACAGGAAGCGGUGGGGAUAAUGGUGGAUGAGAUGAAGAGCAUGAGGAAUGUGUUUGAAAAGACAAUUGAGGAUUUGAGUGACCAUUUGGACAAGUGCACAAGUGAUGCAAAAAUAGCAAGGACUAUGAUUUUGAAGAGGAUUAUUAAGCAUCCUAGCUACUCAUCACUUUAGACCCUCCUGCUUA